GUAAACACAACGAAAGCUGGAGUGUGCUCCGAGAGAGCGAAUGAGUGGAGGCCUGUUGUGAUGUUUCCUCCUUGUUUCGUGAUAAUAAUACGUGUAGCCAUGUGAUUCUGGAACAACAUAGUGGGAGGAAAUCGAGAAUGGUGCAGCGGACCCCGGGGUCAAGGUGAUGGUCCAGCUCUUUCUUCGAAAGGAGUUUUGUCGGCGCUCUCUGCCGCUCAGGAAAGCUCCGCAGGUGGGCGUGGGGCGAAAUGGGCAUGUGUGUUGACUGGUGGUGGUGGUGUGCGAGACCUGGACGCCUGCCUCGCGCCGCACCCCUCUCUAUUCUCCUGGCCACCGUCCUCACCCUCAUCUCCCUCCUCUUCCUCCUCAACGCUAAAGCACUGAACCGGCGCGCCUCCCCGCGUCAGGCGCUGGAACUGGAGGACCACGACCUGGAAGGUGCGCCCCAGCACCACCCGGACCUCGUCGCCUACAUUAGGCAGCUCCACCUGCUGCCUCCCGCCGCAGGACCAUACAAGCUGCACAACACCAACACCACUGACUUCUCACAGAACGGCCAGAGUUCGGAGGUGGCGAAGAUCCUCAAAGGCAAGCGCGGAGGGUUCUUCCUGGAGGCAGGCGCCUACAACGGAGAGGAGCUGAGCAACACCUUGUACCUGGAGCGGGAGCUGGGGUGGCGGGGCCUGCUGGUGGAGCCCGACCCAUGGAACUUCUGGGCACUUCGCCAGAGAGGCAGAAAAGCCCACUCCAUCCACGCCUGUCUCUCGCCCAGCCCGUUUCCCAGAGAGGUCACGUUCAAGCAGAGCGAUACCAUGGGCCACAUCGUGAGCCAUCAUGAACACAAGGAACAUGGUAUCUACGCCAGAGUCAAGUGCUUCCCUCUCUACUCUCUACUGCUUGCUGUCAACGCUACCCGCCUCGACUUCUUGUCCCUCGAUGUGGAGGGAGCAGAACUGCAGGUGCUAAAGACAGUACCAUGGGAGAGCGUGAGGAUCGAGGUGGUGUGUGUGGAGUACCGUCACGUGCCUGAGGGCAGCCAAGCCCUCAUUACCUUCCUGCAAGAGCGAGGCUACACCUUAUCCUCGUCCCUCGGCGAUGACUUCAUCUUCAUCAGGAAGGGCCUCUUGGAACGACCCAGCCAAGGAAGUUUAUAGGGAAGUUGGAGUAUAGUAUAGGGGGAUAUAGAUAUACCUUUUUUUUUAUUCACAAUAUCCGUUGUUAGAAUUACACAAAAAAAGACUUUCGGAAUUUGUUUCCUUUUGGUAAGGCUUAUGGGGUUUUAUUUCUCUUUUUAUAUACCUGUGAGCUAUUAUUGCUCUUAUUACUCAAAUUUGUCCUUUUGAUUUUUAAGCUUUUAUAUAAACGACAAGGUGUUAUAUUAUUUAUAUAUGUAAGAUUCACCUUUGAAAUCUGGGUACAUUCCUUUGCCAGUAAAUAUUUUUCUUGUUAAAAAGCUAUUGAUGCAUAAUGUGAUAGUUAAAAUAUUGUAACCAAUGGUUUCAAUGCUGAUUCUCCGACAGGCAAUUAAUAGGAAUAAUUAUGCUGCCAAAGUUAGUGAUAUCAAAUAUUGAUAAUUGUUCCGUAGGAAUUUUAUUAUAAAAAACGAAAUGUUUGCCAAAAUUUUUUGUUCGGGAAACUUGGUUUGGUCAUAAUAUUAUUUAGCAAUGGAGAAACGCUUAUAAUCAGAAAUUUUUGUUAAAGUUACUUUACCAUAGUUCUAAGCUUAUCAGUUAAUUAGACCACAUUGUACAAGCUAAGUGAUUAUGUUUUACAAAUGUUUUAUUGUCAUUAAUAUGUUUUAUAUACAAUAAAAGUUUUUCUCUU